AUGCAAAUCUACAAGACUCGAUCUGAUAUCGGAGCCAAAGAAACAUGCUUCUAUGUCUACUUAACUUUGCCGAACCACCCAUAUCCGAGCUGGUUUAGUCUUUGGGCGAAACCUCAACAAGUCGGAACCAAAGGGAGAUGGGAAAAUUGGUAUAAGAAGGAUCCAAGUGGAAAUUCGGUUGUUCCGACACCCUUCUCUUCUUACCAGUCUCUUCCCAUGACAAACCAAGGCCAGUGUGCUUUAACGGUUGGUUCGGAAAUAUACGUAAUUGGUGGACCCUAUGAUAAACCGUCUUCCUUUGUUCGGAUCCUAGAUUGUCGGAGUAAUACUUGGCGUGACGGCCCUAACAUGACAAUGGCUCGAGAGAAUGCGAGUGCGAUUUUCCGCGAUAAGAAAAUAUAUGUGAUAGGAAGGUGCGAGGACUUUGCGAGUUGGAUUGAGGUGUUUGACAUGGACACUCAGUCUUGGACAGCUUUGCCUGGUCCUGGCGCUGAUGAAGACGAGUUACUGAAUCAUUUACGUGCACGUUAUCAUUACUGUAUAUUUGAUGUGUUUGAAGGAAAGCUUUGGGUAGAGGUAGGUGGAAAAAAAGAGUAUGCUUACGACCUGAAAGAUGGUACAUGGAAACUUGUAAGAGAGAAAUCUCGUUUCUCAUUCCCCAGCUUAUCGGAUUGGUGUGAGAUAGACAAUAUAUUAUACGGUUGCACUGGCCUUGGAGAUUUAAUGUGGUCUCCAAAGACUGAGGGCAGAGAAUGGAGCAAAAUCAAGGGUUUGGAAAACUUGCGAGAGCACCGUACAAAGGGUUUGGAAAGUGGAUGGCAUUUUAAGAUAGUUGGCUUUGGUCGUCAGAAACUUUUAGUUAUGUGGAAAUUUUCUGGUAUCAACCAGAAAAAAAAAAAAUAG